UACAACUUCGCACAAUACCUACGUGUCUAUGAGUGAAACUUCAAGACUGUCAGACGACAUGGUGAAGCGACAGCAGAUGAAGGACACCCUCCAGCUGUGCAUAGACAGACGUAAAGACGAUCUGCAUAGUUUGGGUCGGGACAUUUGGAGCCGACCUGAACUCGCAGGAAACGAGACGCAUGCGCAUGAGAGGCUGGUCCGCUUCUUCUCGCAGGAGCAGACAUGGAGGGUCGAAAGUCACUACAAGCUACCGACCGCAUUCCGGGCCAUCUGGGGUCCGGUCGGUGGCGGGGAGGGCGAGCCGGUGCUGAACGUGGGGUUCCUGUGCGAGUACGACGCGCUGCCAGGUAUCGGGCACGCGUGCGGGCACAACCUGAUAGCAGAGGUGGGAGCUGCCGCUGCUGUAGGGCUGAAAGCUGCUUUAGAAAACCAGACUGAACUCCCUGUCCCAGUGAAGAUAACUGUUCUGGGAACUCCUGCAGAGGAGGCUAUAGGAGGAAAGCUUGAUCUGAUCAAGGCGGGGGCCUUCGCUGACAUCGACCUCGUCUUCAUGGCUCACCCUGCUCAGCAAGAUGCUUCAUUCCUGCCCUGCGUCGCACUCGAUGAGAUGUCAGUGAAGUACCACGGGAAGGCAUCUCAUGCUUCUGCAUACCCUUGGGAGGGGGUGAAUUCCCUGGAUGCUGCUGUGCUGGCCUACAACAACCUCUCUGCACUCAGACAGCAGCUCAAACCGGAGUGGAGGCUUCAUGGCAUCAUCAAACAUGGAGGGGUGAAGCCAAACAUCAUCCCUGCCUACUCGGAGUUAGAGUUUUAUCUGCGCACACCGCUGGUUAAGGAUCUUUGUGACCUGAAGGCCAAAGCGGAGGCAUGCUUCAGGGCAGCGGCUGUUGCCACAGGCUGCCAAGUGGAGAUAGUCUACCCCACAGGUGCCUACUAUAACAUUCUGCCUAAUGCUACUUUGGCUAGCCUAUAUGAAAGUAAUGGAAAAGCUUUGGGGAUUCAGUUUCCAGAGGAGCCAGCCAACUUCUCUGGUUCUACAGACUUUGGCAACGUAUCAUUCAUCGUCCCUGGUAUCCACCCUUUCUUUUACAUCUGCACUGACGCGUUAAACCACACUGAGGACUACACCGAAGCAGCAGGAGCUGAAAAGGCCCAGUUGUUCACCCUGAGGACAGCCAAAGCCCUGGCUAUGACAGCUGUGGAUGUAGUGUGCUGCCCUGUUCUGCUGAGGCAAGUGAGAGAGGACUUCAGCCUCGCCAAACUGAAACAGGAGAAAUGACUAGAAGAGAAUGAUACAGCUUUAACAGCUCCAUAAAAACAAUGAUUUUAAAACAGAAACUAUAGGAAAACAAUAUUAGUUAGCCUUUUGGCUAACACUGGUACAUAGACAGUGAUGUUGAUCAGUGUGCAUUGGUAGAAAAUGUCUCAUCAUAUAAAUACUUAGGCACUCUUUUUGAUGACCAUCUUGAGUUUGAUAGAAACACCACCGCCAUUGUGAAGAGGGGACAAUCUCCUCUAUCUCCUCCGCAAACUAAACUCCUUUUCUGUCAUGCCGGUCAUCCUGUGUAGAUUUUAUCAGUCUUUUAUUGAGAGUCUUUUAAGUUUUUCUUUUAUCUUUUGGUUUCACAGUCUGACAGUUAAAGACAGGAACAGUUUGAACAACAUUGUAAAGAUCUGUUCUAAAAUCAUCAGAGUGAAACAGAGAGACCUUAAUGCCUUCUAUAACCAACAAAUAGUCUGGAAGGCAAUAAGUAUUUUCCUCUGGCAGGUGAAUUCUCUCUGUUGCCUUCUGGACGUGAUCAUGCACUACCUGUGUGCAAGACGCCACUCCAAAUCUUUUAUUCCUUCGGCGAUCAGACUUUUAAACUCCCUGUAGGUCCUUUUUUGGGGUUUCAAAUGUGCACAUACUGGCUGCUUGUAUGUUGUGAAUGUUGUGUGUUAUGUAUUGUUGCAAACAUGCUGCUCUUAACCAAUUGCCCCUAGUGGUAUUAAUAAAGUUGACUGAAUAGAA